CCCGCGCCCUGCUCAGCUGUUUCCCGGGAAAGAGGAACCACUCAUUGAAAGUUGGUCUCCUCAGAUAAAGAUGCGGAAGACCAAAGAAGGAACAUGACUGGCCCAGGGUCACCAGACAGUGGUGCUCAUGUCCCAAGCACUUCCCACCAAAACAAUCGUGGAGGAAAAAAGACAAGGACACCCCUUUUUUCUAACAAAUGGAAAGAUGCCGCUGAGAAGGGCGGUUGAUUUGGGGGGGGGUCAGUAAAGAGGGGAGGAAUGAGGAGGAGGGCUCUCCCCCGGCACAAAGCACACAUUCUCACCCUUCACACCCAUGUUCUCAUCCCCCAGUUCCAACCUUCAGUGCUGUCCUAUCCAGACGGCCGCCCUGGAUGUAGCCUUCCUGUAGGGCGGCUUCAUCUCUCCUCUCCCUCCCAAAGCCCAACUGCUAUCACUUCACACUCUGCCAAGGAGGAGGAACUGCAGUGACCACGGGAGUAACUGAGUGGGAGGCAGGCAGAGCGGUGGGACCCAGAGAGGUAUGGAGAGAGGGUACUGGGGGGAGGGGUGGACCUAGAGAGGGCUGAGGAGCAGAGUGACCUUGGGGAGAGUUGAGGAAAGAGAAGAGAGGAGCAGAAACGGAGAGGACUUGAGGGUUGCAGAGCCACUCAGCCAUGUUGGGAGCAAAACCGCUCUGGAUACCAGGUCUCCUACCCAGCCCCAGGCUGCCCUUGGUCCUGGUGCUUCUGGCCUUGGGGUCAGGGUGGGCUCAGGAGGGGUCAGAACCCAUCCUGCUGGAGGGUGAGUGCUUGGUGGUCUGUGAGCCUGGCAGAGCUGCCGCAGGAGGGCCUGGGGGAGCAGCCCUGGGAGAGGCACCCCCAGGAAGAGUGGCAUUUGCUGCAGUCCGAAGCCACCACCAUGAGCCAGCAGGGGAGACGGGCAAUGGCACCAGUGGGGCCAUCUACUUCGACCAGGUUCUGGUAAAUGAAGGUGGUGGCUUUGACCGGGCCUCAGGCUCCUUCGUGGCCCCAGUCCGGGGUGUCUACAGCUUCCGAUUCCACGUGGUGAAGGUGUACAACCGCCAAACUGUCCAGGUGAGCCUGAUGCUGAACACGUGGCCUGUCAUCUCAGCCUUUGCCAAUGACCCUGAUGUGACCCGGGAGGCAGCCACCAGCUCUGUGUUACUGCCCUUGGACCCCGGAGACAGGGUGUCCCUUCGCCUGCGUCGAGGGAAUCUGCUGGGUGGCUGGAAAUACUCAAGCUUCUCUGGCUUCCUCAUCUUCCCUCUCUGAGGGCUCAGGGAAUCUAACCUCUGACCACUGCCUUCUGCCCUCUCCUGCCCCAGAAAUAGCAUCUUCGGGGCAAGAGAGAAGCUCCCUUCAGCUUCCUGUAUCCCACUUCCUUGCAUGAGACCCUGGGCCGAACGCCCAAGGUUAAUAGUAGAGAAGAGUAGUAAAGCUGUGGCAUUUCUGGACCUGGCCCUUCCCACCCACCCAUAGUUGCCUUCCCAGCCACCUUGCUUCAUCAAGGCAAGGUUUGGCAGAUAGGGAGGCCUGCACCACUUUGCAAUCCCUGUUCCUCCUGUCCCCCACCCCAGCUUCCUGCUCAGUGCUAUUUGGGGACA